AUGGCCGAUUCACAAAUGGCCGAAAUUCGGCGGGUCUUCGGCGCACACUCGCGACCGUCUGACUCUGAAUCAUCCAGGAAACAUUUACUACUAAUACGUUGCCGGACGGUAGUACUGAAAACGCAAUCGCCGGAAGCCUGUCAGCUAACCGUAAGCCAACCUGCUGAAGUGUCCACGUCGCUGACGACGGGCUUCCGGAAUGAAUUGUUCGGAAAAAGCAACGGAAAUAGUUUAUGUUUCAGUCAGCGACCGCAACGCUUACCUUUAUGCUCGAGCGGAGAUUUGUGGAGUUUUUGUCUCACGAUUUGUAACACGUUGGUCAUAGUGGCGGACUACGAGGAUUUCAACUCCUUUCCGCCCGAUCUCUUCGAAUCGUUCGAGAAUAGCACCGAGCUAGAAUGUCUACUGCAGGCGCACCUGGAUGCACAAGCCGCGACUCCAUUCGAUGGUUGUCCGGUAGACUUUGACCGGAUCCUAUGCUGGCCAAAAACACCACGUGCCACCUGGGCGGUGCUUCCAUGCUUCGAAGAGUUCAAAGGUGUCCAUUAUGAUCCCACGCAAAAUGCCACCCGCUACUGCCACCCGAACGGGAAGUGGGACAACUACAGCCAUUACACAGCCUGUCAUCACAUGGGCGACCACCCGCCGGAUAUAGUGGAAGUCACGUCCAUCAUCUACUACACCGGAUACAUCAUUAGCUUAGUUGCGCUGAGCCUUGCUGUGAUAGUAUUCGUCUAUUUCAAGGAUUUGCGUUGCUUACGUAACACCAUCCAUGCGAAUCUGUUCAUCACCUACAUUCUGUCGGCUCUAAUGUGGAUGACCAUCCUGACGCUACAGCUAUCGAGCAACUCAAGCAGUACAAGCUGUGUAAUAUUCGUUACGCUUUUGCACUAUUUCACCUUAACCAACUUCUUCUGGAUGCUAGUAGAAGGACUUUAUCUGUACAUGCUGGUUGUGGAAACUUUCUCCGGCGAUAACUUGCGGUUCAACAUGUACGCUGCCAUCGGAUGGGGGGGCCCCGCCGCUUGUGUUGUGCUCUGGGCUAUCGCCAAGGGUAUUGCCAUCUCUGGUCAGGACAGAGCCGCUACGCUCGAAAUAGAAUGUUCCUGGAUGCGUGAAUCGGUUGUGGACUGGAUCUUCCAGGGCCCAGUAUGUGUGGUGCUCAUCAUCAAUCUCGUUUUUCUGAUACGAAUCAUGUGGGUACUAAUCACGAAGCUACGAUCGGCAAACACGGCCGAGUCGCGGCAAUAUCGCAAAGCAUCGAAGGCACUGCUGGUGCUGAUUCCGCUGCUGGGCAUCACGUACCUAGUGGUGCUGGCAGCACCCGCUGAGGGGGUUGUGAGUGACAUUUUCGCCAUCGCCCGGGCUCUGCUACUAAGCACGCAGGGUUUCUCGGUUUCGCUGUUCUACUGCUUCCUAAACUCAGAGGUCCGGCUGGCCCUGCGGCAUCGGCUGGAACGCUGGCGGGACGAACGGAACAUCCGGCUGGGUCAGAUCCGCCAGCGAAGUCGCCGAUUCACCAACUCCGAAGGCCUCUCGAAGGACUACUCACCCCGCUCUAGAACUGAAAGUUUCCGGCCAUUAACCUAUAGUAAACGGGAGAGCUGUGCAUCUUCGGCAACGACGACUACCUUGCUGGGACCUCCUCCAGUCCAGCACGGAAGUAAUUCAAACACAGCACGAGGCUCCAACGGUGCUCUGCAUCUGUACACAACCGGAGCGCCGAGGGCAAUCAGUCCAUUGAUGCAGGGACUUGAAGAAAACUCAGUCUGAAACACGAUAAAAUCUUUACAUCUGUUAGCUACGAAAAAAAUACCAAUCACUGUUGAAUAUCAU